AUGGCGGAUGUGGAGCCGCCGUUCCGGCCGAGGGAGAAGCUGCUGGAGGUGCAGAGGUACUUCCAGAACGUCCACAAGCACACCUACUCGAAGGGCCGCUACGACGCCAUCACGUCCGUCGGCAUACCUCUCGCCCUGGCCGCCUCCAGCUUGUUCCUCAUCCAUCUUCUCUGCGCAGGGAAGAGGGGUCUACAACUCAUGUUCCGUGACAUCGGAAAGAAGGAAUGA